AUGACCACUGGUGCUUGUUGUUCUAGUGAUUCAAUUAUGGGAGAAAAAAUGAGAAAAGAAUAUGAUGAUCACCAACUGAACUAUGAAGAAAUCGCGAUAUUGGUCGAAUCCAUGAAAGAAAAAAUAGAGGAGAUCAAUUCCUUGGAUUCCAAUUAUGAUAUAUACAGAGUUCCCAGACAACUUUGCAAGGUAAAACCAGAAGCUUACACACCUCAAUCAAUCUCAAUUGGUCCUUUACACUAUAAUCAAGAACACUUAAAGACAACGGAAACACAUAAAUUGCGAUAUUUAAAUCUUCUUCUAAAUCGACCUCAUGGGAAAACUUUAGAUGUUUAUGUAAAAGCUGUGAGUAAUUUGGAAGAAGAAGCUCGAAAAUGUUAUUCAGAUACUAUGGGUUUAGGAAAAAGUGAGUUUGUGAAGAUGAUUGUGGUGGAUAGUUGCUUUAUUCUUGAGUACCUUGAGAUAAGUACUUUAAAGGAAAAGGAUCAUUUAAGAUCAAAUUCUUCAUGGAGAUGGGCAAUUAUGUAUGACCUAAUUAAGCUUGAAAAUCAGAUUCCUUUCUUUAUUCUUGAACAUUUACAUGCCCUAAUUUUUGAUAAUCAUUAUGAACUAUCAUUCAGUCAUCAUAUCUAUGUGAAGCUCUUAAAAUGGUAUGCACAAGGGCUUCAUGGUCCAACAAUUGAUAGUGAUGAACAAAUAAAAUCAUUACAAUUACCAGAAGGUGGAGCAAAACAUUUUCUUCAUCUUUUAUGUUGUAUUCUCAUCCCAUCAUCUCCGACGACGACGACGAUGAGGACGAAAAAUAAACACGGUGAAAAGUAUCUGCGGCUUACGUGUUGUGCUUCGGAACUUAGGAGUGCUGGUGUUAUGUUUCAGAAGAAAGAGAAGUGUGAUUCUCCAAAAACAUCUUUAUUUGAUAUAAUUUUUGACGCGGAAAAUGGAGUAUUGAUAAUCCCAACUAUUGUGAUCUUAGAUGAGACAGAAGUCAUUCUUAGAAACCUUAUUGCUUUUGAGCAAGGUAAAAAAUGUACAGCUUAUUUCACAGCUUAUGCAGCUUUCAUGGAUAACCUAAUUGAUACUGUUAGGGAUGUGGAGUUGCUAGAGCAGAAGGGAAUUAUUACAAAUAUUCUUGGUAGUCCAAAAGAUGUGGUGACCUUAUUUAACAAUAUUACCAAACAAGUUGUCCUUGUGGAACCUUAUUUCUCUGGUGUUAUCAAGGAUUUGGAGGAUUAUCACAAUAAAUCAUGGAAUAAAUGGAUGGCAAAUUUGAGGCAAAACUAUUUCCAUACACCAUGGGCAGCAAUUUCAGUUGUUGCUGCAGUGGUUCUUCUCAUCUUGACAAUAAUGCAGACUAUUUGUUCCUUCUUAUCAGUUAGUUAA